CUGCCAAAUAUACAUAUCAUAGAUUCCCAGUGACCCCCUGAUCCUGCUUACCAGAUGUGGCAUUGUGAUAGAACCCAUCCAGUGUCGUCCUCCUUCUCUGCACUGUGGUAGUAUUAGUUCAUACAGUUAGUUCUUUGAUUAUUGUAUAUAUAAAACUGUAUUUUAAGUGGUCAGGCACCCCCACCUGCGGCUUAAGCAAUGUGACAGAAGCAAAAUCCUUAGUAUUCCAAACAUGCUUUUUCUACAAAGCUUCAUUGCUACUUAAUGGCAGGCACUUCUGUUGCCUCUUUUGCCUCAGAGAGGGACACAUCUGCAAGUGAUGUUCCAUAUGUCACUCCCCUGGACAAAUUCUGUAUCCUCUCCCUACUUAUAUUCCUUCCCACCCUGGUCCUAUUCAGCACGCUGAGGUGUGCAGCCCAUUUCACAUAAUCCUGCAUCAGCAGGAGACAGACAGCUGCUGGGUAGGCACCAAGGGGAAUCUGAUUGGACAGUCUCCAGUAGUGAAGUUGCCUGGUGAGAUCCUUUAUAUAUUUAAAACUUAAUAAAAAAAAUAAAUUUGCUAUAUGAAUAGCAACAUUGUUAAAUGCCAGUAAUUUCAGUAUAAGGGCAAAUAGUGAUCAAUUUGACCAAAUGAAAUAUAAAGUACUUUCAACAUAUACAAUCCCUAUAGAAUUUAAAAGGAUAUUUAGGUCUAAUUGGAUUUCAAAUUAAUGUUUUUAAUUAAAAAAUCCUGACAUUUUGUCAUUGCAUAAGGUCUUGAAAGUGAAAUUGUCUAGAAACAAAAGAUUAAUGUUCUUUCAUCGCAGAAGAUCAGAGAAAUACAAAAAGUAAACAGCAUAUAUGAUAACGCGUAUUAGAUUUUUAAUUCCUUUCAAAUUUUAAUUCCUGGCAUGCCGGCUGCGUCGCACCAGCCAACCCCAGACCCAGUCCCUCUCUUACCGGCCAGAGCAACCCUAGCCCUUCUCCUUUUAAUAGGUUAACAGUUUAAAUGAUAUAAUUUUAAUUGUUUAAAUGGUUAACUUUUUUAACAAUAUUUACAUCCCUAGUACGAACUGGUGUAGUGCAACAAGCAGUCCCAGAGUGAGCGUUAUCAUUGGGUUCCUGCACAGAGCAGGUGAGUUUUCAGAGAUGUGUUGAGGGAGGGCAACUUGGUGUAAAUUAAAUAAUGUGAGGAUAUUCUGGGCAUAAAGGAGACAAAAGGAGCACGUGAGGACAUGCAUGGGUGGAGUGAAGGUAGUGGUGCAAGAAGGAACUAAGUCAGAGAUGUAGAAAGGAGGAGAGCUGUACAGUGCUGAGAUCGUGAGGGAGAAGAAACUUCAACUGUAUGGUGAAGAGGCUGAAAAUGUAUGCACAAAUGAAGUAAGCUGAGUUUUAACCAUCAAGCCCCCUUCCUGUCCAGCUAUAACUGAUCAUUUUCGUAAUAUAGGGUACUUAGGUGAGAACCAAUAUGUAUAUCUCCAAAUAAAAUAGUGUUCAACAAUAUCCUUUUAGUUCCUUACCAUUAGGCCAGGAUUCGAAGUAAAGAAACAAGCAUAUAAAUGGAAUGUUCCAUUGUAAAAGAAGAGGAGGAAAAAUAUUCACUUAGCCCUAGUACCACAUGUCUCCCCAGUGGGGACAGCACUGUGAGCAGUAAGAGUACAUUUUCAUCCUCUCUCCCCUUGAAAGACAACAGAAAGGUCAAGCCAAAGCAUUCUUAUCCCUCUGCUGUGCACAUAUAUCGUCCAGCUUUACCAAGCUGCUGAUAUCAUUCAACUAGUCCAGAGAGUGGAUCCCUGACUGCACUACUUGGUGUGCUGAUAAAAACGCUUGUUUUUGGUUAUUAUCAUCUUUGUUUCUUGUUUUCAAAUAUUAAGCCCAAGAUUUUCACGCACUUGCAUGUAGGCAAUUGUGCAUGAAUGUGUGCCUAAUUUGUACACAUAAGUACAGUAAAUUCAUUUGCAAGUGAGCAGUAAUUAGGUACCAUAAUGAUUGGCACCAAAUUUGUUAAUUUCCAGGCAUUAGAUUGGAACUAUUAAUUUUUCUGUCAUUUACAUUUUUCAUUACUAGAAAGGGAAGUUGUCAUAUUUAACAGCUGUAAUCAGUACCCUUACAAACUGUAACUUAGGAUAAACAGCAAAUAUUCGGUUGACACAUUUAUUUCUCCAAAUGAAGAGACCCUCACAUACAAACCAAGCAGCAGGUUGCACCUGCUGCAAAGGCGAAAGCAGCUAAGAGUGGGGUUGUUUUCUUAAACCAAGGCACAGAUAGGGCACAGCCUUCCUGGUACAAGUAACUUUAGUUUUAAGGUUUCAGAAUAGCAGCCAUGUUAGUCUGUAUCUGCAAAAAGAACAGUUGUGCUUGUGGCACCUUAGGCAUGGUCUACACUACGCAGUUAAACCGAUUUUAACAGCGUUAAAUCGAUUUAAAGCUGUACCCGUCCACACUACAAUGCACUUUAUAUCGAUUUAAAGGGCUCUUUAAAUCGAUUUCUUUACUCCUCCCCGAGAGGAGUAACGCUAAAAUUGAUAUUAACAUAUUAGUUUAGGGUUAGUGUGGCCGCAAAUCGACGUUAUUGGCUUCCGGGCGGUAUCCCACAGGGCACCACUGUGACCACUCUGGACAGCAAUCAGAACUCAGAGGUGCUGGCCAGGUAUACAGGAAAAGCCCCGCAAACUUUUGAAUUGCAUUUCCUGUUUGGCCAGCGUGGAGCUCUCAUCAGCACAGGUGACCACGCAGAGCUCAUCAGCACAGGUAACAAUGCAAUCUCCUGAGAAUCGAAAAAGAGCUCCAGCAUGGACCGCAUGAGAGGUACUGGAUCUGAUCGCUAUAUGGGGAGAGGAUUCAGUGCUAACAGAACUCCGUUCCAAAAGACAAAAUGAAAAAAUAUUUGAAAAAAUUUCCAGGGCUAUGAUGGGAAAAGGCCACACCAGGGACUCAGUGCAGUGCAGAAUGAAAGUUAAGGAGCUCAGACAAGCCUACCAGAAAACCAAAGCAGCAAACGGAAGAUCCGGAUCGGCCGAAAACAUGCCGCUUCUACUCUGAGCUGCAUGCAAUUUUAGGGGGCUGCGCCACCACUACCCCCUCUCUUGUCCAUGGAUUCCAAGGUGAGGGUUAUAAUCUCAACCACUGCUGAGGAUUCUGCAGAGGGGGAAGAUGAGGAGGAAGAGGAGGACGACCUUGCAGCGAGCACACAGCACUCCGUUAGCCCCAACAGCCAGGAGCUUUUUGUGACCCAGACGGAAUUACCCUCCCAAGCCACUAGCCCAGACAGUGAAGCCAUGGAAGCGACCUCUGCUGCACAUUUUUCAAGCCUCCCUACUCCAUCCCGAAGGCUAGCUCAGAUAAGGCGGAGGAACAAGAGGACGCGAGAUGAAAUGUUCUCUGAAAUCAUGGAAGUAACCCGCAAUGAAAGAGCUCAUCUGAAGGAGUGGAAGGACGUGGUAGCAAAGUACAGGAAAGAUGCCAGUGAACGUGAGGAUAGGAGGGACGAACGUGAGGAUAGGAGAGACGCUCGAGAUGAGAGGUGGCGGCAGGAAGAUCAGUGGUGGCGGGAUGCAACGCUGGAGCUGCUGUGUGAUCAAACUGAUAUCCUCCGACGUCUGGUGGAUCUUCAGGAAGAGCAGCAGGGUCACAGAGUGCCGCUGCAGCCCAUGUUUAACCACCCUCACCACUCACCAUGUUCCAUAUCUUCCUCACCCAGACAUGUAAGAAUGCGUGGGGGAAGGCUUUGUGCACCCACCCACUCCACCCCCAUGGGCAGUCCAAAACAAAAGGCUGUCAUUACAUUGAAAUGUGCUUAAUGGCCUUUUCCUUCCCUCCUAUCCUCCUCCCAAACCACACCCGGGAUACCUUGUUAAUUCUCUGCCUCUUUUUAUAAUUACUUUUUAAUAAAGAAUACAUGCUUUUUAAACA